AUGCAGAAAGUGUCUCUUGGUGUAAGCUACGUUGCUGUCAAUGAGGAUACUGCUACAGAGAAGAGUAUGUCUUCAAUGCGGUAUCAGUACACAGACGACGACUGUGGGUGGCUUGAAGUUGUGGAGAAGCUUCCGACAGCGUCAAGAGUUGUCAGUGUUCUCGCACCUUCCAUACAAAGAGCAAUUCAGGAAGAAACACCUAUUCAUGUGGUUACGGCUUACUUAGAGUUUCUUAAGAACCAUCUCUCAGGCACGUCACUAGCAUACACUAUCGCCACUCUGAUUGUGCGGAGAAAGAUGCUGGCUACUAGCCUGAUUUUGGGUUCAUCAUCGAAUUUUAUUUCUGCCAAAUUUGCGGGUGAAAGUGGACCAAUCAGUCGGUCAGCUACGGUGGAUAUUGUUUUGGGAACACUUUGCAAGGCUUUAGAAUCAGGGACUGUUACAGAUCUAACUUGGGACGAAUUGAGGUUCAUAAGAUCACCUAUUGUAACCCUUGUUACACCUCAAGUAGCUGCACACGCCAAGAAGCUUACUUCACAACAAGUGAAAGUUCAUCAGAUUGUCGUGGAUGCUGCACUGGAAGUUCUUUCUUUGCUGGGUCAACAUGAGACAGAAGAGAAGAGAAAGAGCGGGACUUUUCAGAAGCUUUUGACCGCCCUUUUCCCUGCUUGUGAUACCGGUGGGCAACCAUGGGGAUGGGAGGUUUCAAUCGGAUGGCUAGAAGACACUUUUGGGAAGCAGCCACUGCUUUCUGAAGCUCAGGCUGUAGGUCAUAAAUAUCAUCAUAAAUAUGUGUGGUUUCUAAAAUUGUAG